GUCGAAUGAGUGACAGCCGCGCUGCCACCAUGGAGACAGUGGGUGAGUGACAGUCUCAACGGCCGGACCGGCAACAGCGCUGAACGCAAGUGGUUUCAGGUAAAGGGAAAACAAACGCUCCAAUCACGACGGGGAGGAAACGUCGGCGACGCCGGCUCUGCCUCCCCACUUCCCGUCCUUUGUUUCCAAACACCGCGAGGCCUGGGAGCGGCCUACACAGCCUGGGGCUGGAGUGAGUGAAUCAGCGAACCGGCGAAGGGGGGUAGCCCCGUUUCCUAACAGCUCUGCGAACCAGGUCGGGCGUCCUUCAACCGAAGGCUUCGUUAGCCAUUGGGCGAGCAGUGCUUAAAGUGGAAAGGAGGCUCGGGGCAAGAGAGUGAGAGGGGCGACGGCGGUGUUUCCCUUUGUUUGGAACAGCCCCCCAUGUGGACUGGUCGUUUAUCGUGAUGUUGUUCUCAGAUCUUCUCGGGCAGACGUACAAAGGGGAUCCGGCAGAGCCCCAUCCUCUGUGAAACUGCCAGCCUCCGCUUCAGGCCGCUCUGCAGUCGGUUACAGUACCACCGACAACCUCUGCUAAUCGAAGUCUAGCCCUUCAGCUUUCAUUGAUGAGACUUGAGGAAGAGUGAAGCAGAGAAAUUCCUGUAAUGGAGUCAGGUCAGGACCAGGCUGAAGGGUUACAAAGCAGAAAGGAUGACUUAAUUAAUUUCAGCAUCCCUGUGGAUUAUUCUGUCGAUUGCACAAGAAGUCAAAGAGAAGGGCUACAGGCAAAUGAUCCUUUAGAUAGUGGGACCGUGGAUACCCAAUACAGCAUGUGUAGUAAGAACACACCUGGUGACAUAGAGACCAACACCGUACCUCCGACUGACAAGGUUCACCUGGACGAUGCAAUCUCAAGUACUACAGUCACUGUCUCUUACGUUAAUCGGCCCCACCUGUUUUCUUCCCAACGGACACUACAGCAUUCCUUGCAUGAGCAACCAUUACCAUCUCUCUUUAUUCCAUCUGUUUGUGUGCAGUCACAGCAGAUGUUGUCAUCCUCCUUUGAUUCUUCUGGACCUACCAAUUUUGUUGACACUUCAUUUGAGAACUCUGUUUUAGCACAGCCUGGUGAUCUGGAAUCCAUUAGAAGAGGACUUGAAAAUGGAAUAGACUGCAGCACUGUGAACCCCCACAGACUAAAGGCACUGGACCUGGAUUUACCUUUAGUGGCGACCACUGUCCAUGAAUCUGAUAGUCCACUUGAAAAGAGAUUAAAUGUGACAGAGGACAUUUUGUAUGAGCAAUCUAGUAGUUCUUCUGAUGUGGAAAUACUGGACUCUGUCUGCCCGUUUUCUAGAGCAAUGGGUCAGGAAGAUAAGUGGAGUGACUCUGUGAGUUCUGCUGAAACUCUUGUUCAAAACUCAGAAGCGCUUGCAAUGAAACUGACUGAGUCAGAAAACAGACCAAACAACAAUGAACAGCGUGAAAGCAAUAACCUGCUGGGCAGGAUGGACCACUCUGAAAUGCAAAAUGGUGCUGGUGUCUUUGUUGGGAUUAAAACUUCCAGCAGUCAACAUGUAGAGAAGAACCUUCAGUCUAUGUGCAACUUAAACACAUGUUACAAAGAUCAGACCACAAUGACAAUAAAAACAGAAAAUGAUGAACUUUCAGAGGCAGCAGUGUCUGUUAACUCUGAAGAAAGCCUGAGUGGGGAUAACUUUGGGAAAACGUGUACAAAUGUUUUGACAGAAGAGGAACAUGGUGACUCGCCAUGUAAAACACUUUCUACUUCCACACAUUUGUCACAAAGUUUAAGUGCAGAUAGUAAUGAUUGGGAAGACACAGAGAGUAUUGGGACCAACACAUCAUCAGGUUACAAAGUGGCACCAAACGAAUGCUGCAGUGACAUGUUGCCGAAUUCUGAAAAUGGCAGCAGCUAUACUUCAGAUAACAGUUUAGUCCUCCAAACUGAUAAUAUAUCACAACAAAGUACGAAAGCUGGUGAGUGUUUACAUGACCAAGAAAUAGCUUUAUCAUUUGACCUGAAGAAUGGAGAAAUGCAUUGUUCUGGUAAGGAUGCUGUAGCCACUCAGAAUAAUAGCUCGUUGCAAGCCAUUUGCAGCACAGCAGAUAUUACAUCUUCUCCAUCCAGUGGAGAUCAGACAUCAAAUAUUAAAGUAACUGAACAGUCUCCAAAUAAUGAAAAUAAUUGUAGGGAAUCCAAUGAAGAAAUUUGUGCUAAUGAUACAGAUGAUAACCUCUUUGUGGUUGAACCAAAUUUGAUCCAUGAAUUGCCACAGAUAGAUAACAAUGUACAUGAGAAUAGCAGAAAUUUGACCUCAUUCAAUAAACAAAUUCUUCCUACUUUGUCAAAGUCACCAGCUUCCGAAAGUAACCAUCCUAAGAUAAAGCCAUGCUCUCUUGAAUUGCAUAAACUAAAUGUUCUCGAAACUGAGGGGAAGUGCGAUGUUCGGGGAUACGUGUUGGACCUGAAAAGGAAUAAUGUUGCUUCAAUGUCAUGCAGCAUUUCUAUGAGUCUGUCUUUAUCCAAGUCUGGCAAAGGUAUUGGUGGAGAAGAGGAGGCAGAAUCUGCUGAGAGCUGUGAUAGUAAAAGUGGCCCAAGCCCCACUCAUGAUAAUAUAUGCAAAGCCUUGUCUGUCCAGGCAGAGCAGCAACUCCCAAGCAGGAGAAAACAGACCUUUGUCACAAAGUAUGAGGACAGUGAGUUGGUUUGCAUCUCUGAUGAUGAAGUUGUUGAUUGUUUGGUUGCAAAGACGGAUUCACCACAGGACUGGAAUCAGCCACAAGUUCGGGAAAAUAAGAAGAAAAAGGCAUGUCAACAAUAUUUGAAUCAGACAUUUGAAGAUCGACCACUCCAGAAUGCUGAACCCAAACAUUUUGGAAGGAAAAUUCUGCCACCUAGACAAAGAGGAAUGAGGCUGGAACAAAUUGUGCAAAAUAUUGUCACUCAGCCGAAAGCAAGAACAUCUAAUAACCUUGGUGAGAGACUGAGAAGAAGCAAAGAUGGAUCAAUUCCUACUCCCACCAGGUUUCAGCCCCCGAGACACAAGUCAUCUAGUUCCAUUGCAGGACAGAAGUCCAAAGGCUAUGCUGGAUCUCUUCCUUGCAUCAAGGAUUCCUCGCAAAAAACAAGUUUGUCAUGUAAAAUGCAAGAACAAUGUGAGGCAAAUCAAGAGGAAACCAGUACAGCAGCUGUGGAGAAAUUGAACAGAAAUAAAUCUACCUCUAUUCCAGGCUCUUGCCAUGGACGUGCAACAAAACUGAGCACUCCAGUUUCUUCCGGCAAAUCUUUAUGCAAUGCAUCUUUGUCUUCAAAGCAGCCAGCUGAAACCCACUGGGAGAGCCAUAGUUCAGGAGACAAACAUAAGUUUGCCAAGCUUGAUCUCAAAUGUGUAAAUGGGAACAGGAGAAAGCAUUCAGGAAGCUCCAGGAAUGCCUGCGUGUCAUCCCGGCCACAGUCUUCCCAGCCAAGAACACAGGGCAAAGUAAGGAAGAGGGUACAUAAGUCAGCAGGUAAAAAGCGGCAGUCACAGCGGGGACGGCCCUCAAUGGUCUUUGCUCCUGAAGAGCCUGAGAUAAAACUAAGAGCCUUGUCUCUUAAAGCUGAGGGUCGUCGAGAAAGAUAUGAUAGCUUUUCACCUUAUGUUAGGGUAGAGGCAAAGGGUUAUUCAGUGUGUACGGUAGUGAACUAUUCGGAAGAGGAUAAUAAUAUUCUUAAACAAAAGAAACAUUCCCAGCAGCAGUCACAUGGUGCAGUUCCAAAAUCAUCUUGCAUGACACUGGGCCCUGUAGUAAAUGAAGCUACUCAUAAAAGCUUUCUAGUCUGCUGUCUUUGUGGCUUGUCUGCAAAUGCAAUGGAGCAAGGUGAUCUUUUUGGACCUUUUUAUCCUAGGGGAUAUUCAUCUUCCAACAAUCAGACUUUCCAAUCUAAAGAAGUAAAGACUGAGCAAGCAAGCACUGUUGUCUCCAACUCUACUUGUAAUUCCAUUAGGAAUGUAGUAAAUAAAACAACUGGACAAAACCAAGAAUCUAGAACGAGGGAAGGGACAAUAACUCGUGGCCAGAAGCGUAGAGGUGUUGAUGGGACAGAAGAGAGCUCAAAAUGUUCAGAAAGUAAGAAGGGCAAGAAUGAGCCAACGUUGGAAGAGUGGUACCAGCCCCCAUUGGUCCCAAUGGAUGCUAAUGAAUAUUGGAUGCAUGAAGACUGUGUGACUUGGUGUGCUGGUGUAUUUCUUGUGAGAGGAAAGUUGUAUGGGUUGUUGGAAGCUAUCAGCGUUGCACAGGAAGCGUUUUGUUCCAUGUGUCAGAAGACUGGUGCCACUUUAGGCUGCUACAUUAAAGGCUGCCCUCUUAAGUACCACUAUGCCUGUGCUGUAGAUAGUAAAUGUUCCCUAAAUGAAGAUAAUUUCUCAAUGAAAUGCGCAAAACAUAAGGACAGAGCUCUGAAAGUUUCAACAAAGAUGGAAAGUAGGUGACAAUGAUACUGAAGUUCAAGUUUGCUGAGCUGUGGUUCUUCACAGAUUACUUGGAGAUGGACAUGCUGUUUUGUGAGAGAAAUUCAGCUGCCACUUGUUGCCUUCACAGUAAAGCAAACCGAAGAUAUUGAAAGAAAGCACUGUGGUCUCCCAUGUCCUUUAUUGCAGCUGUUGGUUAAGUAGAAAGAGUUAAAUGUUCAUGGUACUUCCAAGACUAUAUGUCACGAUAUGUUAAACGGAUUGAGUGCCCCCAAAUGUUAACAAGGCUGUUAUGAUGGGGUUGUGGG